AUGAAUGUGUGCUCGACUUAUAGACAUUUCUCGUUACCCUUCACAGUUUGUCAAGACUGGCAGGUCAUUGAAGACGAGGGUCUUGCUCAUCAGCUCCAAAACCAUGAGAUCAACGAGCACUAUGAUCGUAACCGCCAGAAUAGCCGUUUGAUCCGAGAUGACUUCCACGCGGCUCGCAGAGAGCAGUUAUCUGAACAGCAACUAGUCGAAUACGCGAGAAGACAAGAGGAGCUCGAAGCUGAAGAGUUGGCCUCUCAGUUGACCCGAUUGCUCGAUGAAGAAGAACACGAGGAGGAAUCUCAGAGGAGGGACGAAGAGCUGGCGAGGCGAAUCGCUCAAGAAGAAGAUGAGCUCAUCGCUCAGGAGCAACAGGAUCGAGAGCUGGCUCGCAUGCUGCACGCUCGCGAACGCCUCAAGGCGAAGAAAUUGCGGGAAGCUCGGAAGAUAGCCGAAGCCAAGAGGCGACAAGAAGAGGGAAGCCGUGAGCAAUCAAAUGAAAUAGGAGAAGAAUACUCAGACGAGGCACUCAAUGAAGCUUUGUACGCCAACUUGGGACCGACACAGCCGCGAACUCAUGAAGUGCUCGGCAAUUCUUCCAUAUACUUGCUCCAAAACUCAGACAUCGUCAAUCCCCCGACCGGACAUCAAGGUUCACCAACUUCUACCUCGAGACUAUCGAGAGAUGCCGACGGAGCUAGAAUCAAAUCGACUGUACAUCGAGCACCGGUUGCUCGGGAGAACAACCGUAAAUCACAGACACGAAGUUUCCCUGAAGCCAAAAUGGAGAGCGCAAUACCUCCAUACAUGCCAAUGCAGGGUUUACCGGCUCGACUCAGCCCCGGGGCAACCUUGCAGCAAGCCGGCGCUAACAGCUUGACGAGACACCCUCCACAGGAAAACCAUAAAAAGAACUCGUCAUGCAAAACUCAAUGAGAUCGCCGUUGAGCCUUAUUAUAACUUUUUUAUGCUCAAAUUCGUUGUUAUUCGCUCCGCCAUGCAGUACCAGUCCGGCGACUGUUAAUAUCUGCGAGUUCGCUGCGAGGAACACUUACACCUGUAGCGAUUCGUUCGGGCUGUAAAUUCAAGCAGUAGAAACU